GGCUUCGGGCAGCCUCGGGGUGGGAAUGUGCUGGGGACCGGGAAAGGUCGCAGGCUGUGAUAUCACUGAUAGGCCCCGAGCUCCCAGCGCUGCCGGAAGGAGACUGGUAUAAGUCUGACUCUGCUCGGUAAUUGUUUGUGCUACGUGUAGUAUGUGCUGAGUUACAGGAGUGCUGAGAACUGUCUGCUGCCGUAGCCCUAGACGAGGUACAAACAGUGAGGGUGUUUUACCAACAGGGGGUGGGGUCUGACUGGCGCUAGAGAGGUAUAGACAGGCAGGGGUAGACAACCACACUGGCAUAUAGAGGCUGCAGAAUGUGGCACAGAGAUUCCUAGGGGUCUAUAGACAACCACACUGGCAUAUAGAGGCUGCAGUAUGUGGCACAGAGAUUCCUAGGGGUCUAUAGACAACCACACUGGCAUAUAGAGGCUGCAGUAUGUGGCACAGAGAUUCCUAGGGGUCUAUAGACAACCACACUGGCAUAUAGAGGCUGCAGUAUGUGGCACAGAGAUUCCUAGGGGUCUAUAGACAACCACACUGGCAUAUAGAGGCACAGAGAUGCCUGGGAACUCCAGUCUGACUUAUAGUUAUGGCUUCUGCACUGCAGGGGAAAUACACCAGCUCCCCUAUCAUUAUAUCAUAUGUGAACAUAAAAGCAGGGAAAUCUGCUAUUUUAAAUAAAAGUAGAUAUCAUUUCCUACCUUCCAGCAGGCAAAAUAGAUCAUUGGGAAUAUAAUAUAUAGAACACUAUUUUACAGGACAUUGCCCCUAUCAAUUUGAUAUAUUACAAAACUAAUUAUGGUGAUAGGUAGGUCUAAUUUUGGGUCAACCAAUCCCCAUGGACUCGUCCUUACUUUUUGAGGAUAUUUUGGUUAUGAAGUCAACGUUGAAGAACACUUUUAAGCAUCACAACUGGUAUCAAAAUUAUUUUUGUUGGCCAUGGUCGGAAACCAGAGAGUGGUCCUAUUGGAUUCAGUCACAUGGCCGGAGCAGCAAACGUAUCUCCUCCUGGAUCAUUUGAUCUAAACAAACCAGGCUUUCAGAAGGAAAUACUUGGGGCCAAGUUAGAAGUGAAAUACCUUUGCUCAGACUGCAAGUAUAUACUGAGGAGACCCUUCCAAGCACAGUGUGGACAUAGAUACUGCUCCUACUGCCUCAAGAAGAUCCUCAGUUCUGGCCCACAGAAAUGUAAUGCCUGUGUUCAGGAGGAUCUGUACGAAGAGGGGGUCUCUAUUUUAGAAAGUAGCUCUGCAUUUCCUGAUAACGCAGCAAGGCGGGAAGUGGAGAGCUUACCAGCUCUAUGUACAAAUAAUGGAUGUGCGUGGAAAGGAACGAUCAAGGAAUAUGAGGCUACCCAUGAAGGGAGGUGCCCGUUCACGCUGGUUCCUUGUCUUGCAUGUAAACAAUUAAUCAAACCGAGUAACCGCGAAUGGCACAACGAACGCGAAUGCCCUGAGCGCAAACUCAACUGCCGAUACUGCAAGCUGUCGUUUUAUUUCCCAGAAAUCAAGGCACACGAUGAAAUCUGUCCUAAGUUCCCCAUGACGUGCGAAGGUUGUGGGAAGAAAAAGAUCCCGCGUGAAAAGCUCCAAGACCAUGUUAAAUCAUGUGGGAGGUGUAAAGUGCCGUGCAGGUACCAGGUGGUUGGCUGUACAGAGCUGGUGGAGAAUGACAAGUGUAUGGAACAUGAAAAUAAAUUCUUGGCUGACCACCUGGCCAAAAUAUUGGAUUUUGUACAGCAGCACGAAGCGGGGCGAUCAGAGCUGUUGUAUCGCAUUAGCUUGUUGUCCGUGCAGGACAAACCAGCUGCCCUGGCCAGCCUGACGCCAACCAAAGACUUUGACUCUCGUAACCUGUCUGAUCUCCUGCGACAAUGUGACCUUCUGGAAAAGAAGUCCACAACGUUUGAGAAUAUUGUGUGUGUCCUUAACAGAGAGGUGGAAAGAACCACAAUGGCAGCAGAAGAGUUCACAAAACAACACCGCCUGGAUCAGGAAAAAAUAGAAGUAUUAAAUGCCAAGGUCCGACAGUUGGAAAGAUCCUUGGGUCAGAAGGAGUUAACGAUAACAGAUAUGGAACGACGGCUACAGGAAACAGAACUGUCUACCUACGAUGGCAUAUUUAUAUGGAAGAUCACAGAAUUUAACAAAAAACGGCAAGAGGCCAUUGUUGGCCGGUGUCCUGCUUUGUUUUCUCCACCUUUCUAUACAAACAAAUACGGCUACAAAAUGUGUCUCCGGGUCUACCUAAAUGGUGAUGGCACAGGACGGGGAACACACAUAUCUCUCUUCUUCGUGGUGAUGAGGGGGCCCAGCGAUGCCUUGUUGCGUUGGCCUUUUAAUCAGAAGAUCCCCAAGACUGCUUGAGAUACAGUCUUCCAAGCAGCAUGCCCCCAUUUCCCUAUAUUGUCCAUUGUUAAUUUUAAAUAAAGUUGCACAGUGACAUCAUCACAUCAUUGCGCGUGACGUCACCACGCGAAUCGUGAAGCCCCGGAGAUGCCUCUCAGUAUCCAGGCCAGAUCGCCGGGGUGGGAGAAGGUGGGAGCCCCCAGAUUGCCCUCAAGGUGGGUGAGAGCUAGCGACGGCUCUGAGCCGUCAUCAGCACCUGACUGGGACAAUUUGCAACGGCUCAGAGCCGUCGUUAGCACUCAAAGGGUUAAAUGGGAGAAAUAUAUUAGUAUACAACCUAUUGAGAAGCAAAAAAAACCAAAGCAUUACUCCAUUUAAAAAUACUGGUUAUAGUUCACUACAAAACUUACAAGGUAGGUGGAUUUUUGUGAAUAGUAUUUAAAUGGAGAGCUUGAGUAAUAAACGAGACAGAGAAUAUACAUUUGUCAAAUUGGGUAUAAAUGUAUGCUAGAAAUGAUUAAUAUAGUUUGUAUGAAAAUCAAGGAUAGAACUGUUACAUUUUAUUUUGUUAUAAAUGUAUUUAAACGAUGAGAGAAUAGAAAUGAAUAUUUAUUAUAUGCUACUUAUUGUAUAUACUGGUAAAAUGUUAUAACCAGCACUUUACUUUUCUUGUUAUGUUACUAUUUAUGGUGAAUUGUACUAUAAGAUAAUGUAGCAACAUAAUUUGUAACUUUCACAUUAUGUAUUGUUGCAAAAUACCUAAUAAAGAUGACAUUAAAAAAAAAA